UAAGCGCUAACCCACCCCUCCAUCAGACAUAACACUAUCUAAAGUAAAGCCAAUGUCAGCCACGAGUGUGUAGUGAGUGUUGACUCACAUAGACUUCAAACCAUAAACAAGUGAAUGAAUACACAAAUCAAUAUUGAAUUGAAUCGUAAACACAGUUCUCGUAAUCAUAUGAUUUAGUAAACUGUUGUCAACUCAAAGACAUUGUAAUAAUUGUGAGCUAAUUGUGAUUAUAAUAAACGCACGGUUAUAAUGACGGCAAUGGAUAACAACCCUAUGAGACGGCUUUCGGCCACCGGUGACUCGCUGUACAUCAUAUUAGGCGUUCCCAAGACGGCCACCGGCGAUGACAUCAAGAAGAGUUACCGUCGAUUAGCCCUGCGGUUCCACCCGGACAAGAACCCGGAUAACUUAGAGUCGGCCGAGAAGUUCAAAGACAUCAAUAGAGCGCAUAGUAUACUGUCGGACGUAACGAAGCGCAACAUAUACGACAACUACGGCUCUCUCGGGCUCUACAUCGCCGAGCAGUUCGGCGAAGAGAAUGUGAACACGUAUUUCGUUUUGACGAGCGGUUGGUGUAAAGGCAUAUUCCUGUGCACUGCGAUCGUCACGUGUUGCUACUGUUGCUGUUGUCUGUGCUGUUGCUUCAACUUCUGUUGCGGCAAAUGUCGACCAAAACAUCCCGAAGAAGACUACGUCCCCGAUCUGGACGGCGAAGAGGACGACACCUCUAACUUAAAAAAGAAUGAAUGGGGAGAGGAGACGACAGAGCAAACCAACGUCAGCCAACCCAUCACUAGUCAACCGCAAGCGCCAGCGGCAGCCGACCCCUGGGCCGACAAGCAGUCAAUUCCAAUAGCGAUGCCGGCGCCCGGAUCGGGAGGCGAUCCCUGGGCCGCCACUGAGACCACCGGACUCCGUGAUACUCAUCACUCGACUUAUAUGAGUUCUUAGGGUUCGCCUAAUUAUGUAUUUAAUUACUAUUCCAUUAACAAAUCGUCAAAAUUAGCCUAAAAUAUGGUUUCAUAUGACCUGUCAUUAUAAGAGAGAGUGAGUGUGUGGUUGGCAUCCGAUCAGAGGUGUGAACCGAUUAUUGCAAUGAUUGUCGAUUGAAUUGAAAAUCUUAUGUAAAUCUUAAUUAUAGUUAAUUUUUGAAUUCAUAUAAUGAGUUCGGUUUUUAUAAUAAAUGAAAAGUGAUUUUAUGUUUUAUCCGACAUUUUUAGGGCUAAUUCUGGAGAAAUCUAAUAUUAAAAUAUCAAUAAUUGGAACAAUUGUUUUAAAAAAGUGUAUUAUUUUUUAGUUACUUAUUAAAUUAUUUAAUUUAA